AAGGCGUCGAGGACCUAUGACGUCAGGGUCGGCUCGCUAGUGUUGUUUUUUUUCCGCCGAUAGCUAACUUGCUUUUUCGCGCGAAAAAGAAAAUGGGCGGGAUGUUACUAGGUGAAGAAGAGACAUUGAAGCUGAGGCAGCUGUAUCCUAGGAAAUAGGAUAUAAUACAUAUGAUAAUCCAUGAACUUGUUUAUGCUAACUAUUUUGUGGAACUGGUGAGCUAAGGAAAAAUCCAGAUCUCUACAAUGCAGAGCAACAUAAGAUCAUUCUUCCAGCCUCUGGCACGAAUAAAGUCUGAAAAAGAAAAAGCAGAAGACAGCCACAUGGAAGAUGUGCUUAUUUCACAAAAGAAAUUAAUAAAUGGUUCAGAAUUCGGUGAAGACUUCCCGGUGAAUUCUGCAUCAAAAAAAGUUGCUAAGGUCCUUAAGAGUGAUGAUGAAGAAGAUUCUGUGGAAUUAGUUGGAAAGGAUGCACAAGCAGAUGACAACAAGUUGAGCCCUGACUGUGUUUCUGAGCAAAAGAUCUCUGAAGAGAGCAUCUCUCCAAGUACCAGCCCAACUACCACCAGUUCAACCAUAUCUUUCAAUAUCCCAAGGCGCAAAACUGCCCGCAAGCAACUUUCUAAACGUAAACCACAGGAAGAAGACAACAGUUAUAAUUUCCAUGAAAGCCGCAGUACCAAACGAUGGAAGGAAGACCUUGAUAGAGAUGAUUCUAAAGAUAAAACUAAUGAGAAACCCAUGGAAGUGGAAGAAGUGAAAAGUGAAAAUGAAAAAUUGGUGCAGUAUAAAACAGACAAAAAUGCAAAGGAAAAAGAAAUCUCAGAUUCCUCUAAGCCAUCCAGAAAGUCUAUUUCUAGUUUUUUUGGUAUGUUUGAGAUGUACCAUCAUUUCUGCAUUGGAGUAAGACCAGUAAGAUAACCAAGAUUAUCAUUAUUGGGAUGAUUUUUUAAAAAAAAGAACUCCAUAAACCUGUCUUUUUUUAAUUUAGGGGUGCAGAAGAAGAUAGUUGUUUAUAAGAAAAGAGAUAUAAUAGAAUUAAGGUGGCAUAUUAAGAGAAAAACUAAUUUCAUAUACUUCCUCUAGGGGCCUGAACUAGUGGUGACUGAUAAGGAAAGAUACUAUAAUUGGAUAGCUGAAUAACAGCAUUGUAUCCAGUUACUAUGGGAAGAAAAUAAUCUGUUGGUGAUAAUUAGUAAAGAAAUUGCAAAUAAAAUACCAUAUAAUAACUUUCAAACAAUUAUGAUAUUAUUGCAAUUAGAAUACUCUGUACAAUCUAGUCACAUCUCAAAAAUUAUAUUGAAGAAAUAAAAAGGAGUACUUUAUCUAGAACCUAUCUAGAAAAGUUGAAAAUGUAUAUUCCAUAUUAACAAAUGCUUUACAGAAAUUAGGAUUAUUUUUAAUAUUCUACAACAUACAAUAUAGAUAGUCCUUGACUUACAACCACAACUGGGACAUAACAUAAGCAUCGGGGAAAGUAUGAGACAUUUAAGUUUCUGAGGCCAUCAUAACUUCAAACCAUUGUUAAAUUAAUAAUCAUAAGUUAACAACUAGCCAUAAAGAGAAAAUAUGCCCACAAACCAGCAAUUCAUAUAAGUGAGAUUAUCACAAUUCUUACCUCCUUUAUAAUUUUAGGGGGGAGACUACUUUUUUAGCUGGUAACAGAUUCUGUUUAAUGAUUUUGAUUUUAUCCCUGACUUGAAGACCAUAAUAGGAACCAGAAAAAUUAUUAAGUAGUGCAGUCAUUAAGUAUGGCAUCACAUGAUUAUAUCUGAUCUUGAUAUGACCUUUCUUUUUGUUUUUAGUCCUUUAUUACAUGUAAGUAUUUAAAAAGCAACAUGGUGGCUUUUAACAUGGGUUAAUAAUUCAAUAACAUACAAAAAUCUUUAGUACAAAUCUCAAGUUAA